AUGGAGUCGCUUGUGGCUGGCGCGUGUGCUGGGCUGUUCGUCGACCUUAGUCUCUACCCCAUCGACACGGUAAAGACGCGCCUUCAGUCCAAGGAAGGCUUUCUGGCUACCGGCGGCUUUAAUAAUGUUUACAAAGGCUUGAGUGCUAUGGCGGUGGGCUCUGUGCCUGGCGGGGCUGCGUUUUUCUUCGGCUACGACACAGCGAAGCGAUCGUUUCUGUCACUUGCAGCGCCGCUGGGCGCUGCAAGCGGGAUCGAGCCCACUUCGAUAGCCAUAACGCCAAGUGUAAUGGCAUGCCAGGCCGCGGCGGCCGUGUGCGGGGAGUGCUUAGCUUGCUGUAUUCGUGUACCGGUAGAGAUGGUGAAGCAGCAGAUGCAGGCCGGACAUCACGCAACCAUCACCUCCGUGUUGCGUAACGUCACCAACAACACAGCAACGCCGGUGGUUGUUCCACGAGACUCGGUCGCAGCUGUGCCGUCGCCGCCAAUUCGUCUCUCCGGCGUGCACCAUCUUUUUCGAGGCAUGCCCAUCAUGCUGAUGCGCGAGUUGCCUUUCUCUGUAAUUCAGAUGUCCCUGUACGAAUCUCUGAAGGCCGAAAUGCGCGCGUCCACGGACCACCCCUACGCCUCCCUCAGUCUUCCCUUUUGCGGUGCGUUCAGUGGGGGGUGCGCCGCCUUUCUCACAACCCCAUUGGAUGUUCUCAAGACGCGGAUCAUGUUGUUCCGCUGCGGGCCGGGGCAGGAGAAAGUGAGCAUCAGGUAUGUACUGGAUGAGUUGAUUCGUGAGCCAGCCCGGUCCGGUGACAGGUUCGGCUACGCACAGCGCUUCUUCCGCGGGGCCUCGACACGCGUGCUAUGGAUUUCACUCGGCGGGAGCAUAUUUUUUGGUACGUACGAGUUUGUCAAGUCCGGUUUUCAAAGCCUGCACACACUGUAG